AUGCCUAGUUUAAAAGAUUAUUGGAGUGUGAAGAUGUUAUACAAAAAUUGUGUAGCAAAAAAUAUCAUGUCAAGAAAUCGAUUCGAGUUGAUUCUCCGAUUUUGGCAUUUUGCCGAUAACGACCAAGCUCCUGAAAGUGAUAGAAUUUUUAAAAUUCGAAAUCUGAUUACAAAAAUGGUUCAUAACUUUCAAAAUAUAAUGGAACCAGAAGAAAUGAUGGCUGUAGAUGAAACAAUGGUUCCAUUUCGUGGGCGAUUAAAAUUCAAACAGUAUAUUCCUGGAAAGGCGCAUAAGUACGGAAUAAAAUUAUUUAAACUUUGUGGCGUUAACGGGUAUACGUAUAAUAUGGAAGUUUAUGCAGGCAAAAGCCAAACUGAUGGAAGAGGAUUAGUAUCGCCCAUAAAUUUCGUUUCGUAUACAUUAGCCAAUGAGCUAUUAGAAAAAAAUACGCAUUUAAUCGGUACAUUAAGAUCCAAUCGAGUUAAACUACCAGAUGUUACAAAAGCAAAGCUACAACCAGGACAAAUAGUAGGAAAAGAAAAUUCAAACGGUAUUGUGGUUGCCAAAUGGCGUGACAAAAGGGAUGUCACCAUGUUAUCUACUCGCCAUGAUAUUUCUAUGAUAGACACAGGUAAAAAAAAUAGAAAAAACGAAUCAAUAGUGAAGCCAAAAAUAAUAAUUGACUAUAAUGCUGGGAAGGCUGGCAUUGAUUUAUCAAAUCAGCUAUCCAGCUAUAGUAGCCCUGUACGAAAAUCCAUAAGGUGGUACCACAAAGUGGCAACCGAAGUCUUAUUAGGAACUGCAGUAGUGAAUGCAUUGAUAGUUUAUAACUUGAAUACGCCACAGAAUAAACUAAAGAUCACGCAAUUUCGAGAAUUAUUAAUUAAUGAAAUGCUUGGAUUCAUUGGAUUUAAUCAAUCAGAACAGGACCAAACUUCACUUGUGUUACCGAAAACACGACGAGCAAAACACGUUUUUAUACAAACUACAUUAAAGUGCAACAGAAACCGAAAACUGCGAAAGAGAUGUGCUCAUUGUUAUAACGAAAAGACAACUACUGUAGGAUCAGUACAGGCUUGCAAAGAUGUGAAAAGGGUUACAACUCUUUGCGAAACAUGUGAUGUUUACACGUGUGCUGAUUGUUUUGUCAAACAUCAUACAAAAUAA